UUCCCUAUUGAAAGAUCUCAACCAUCCAUCAACACAAACUUCGAUCCUUUCCACCCGUCCCAUUGCAGGCGGCGGCAACGAAGUCCUCUGCGCCUCCUUGCCAUGCCCGCCAUGGCAGGAGCGCUCCUAGCUCGUCAUCAGCUGCGUCCUCCACCUGUUCUUCCCAUCCGUGUUCGUCUCCUUUCGAUUUGGUCUUCCUUUUGGGCCGAGAACGAUCCCUACUCUAAUACCAGUACCGCCACAUGCUCUAAUCUGAGCUCAUCGUCUUCCUCUGCGCAGAGCCAGCACAAGAAGCUCACUUACCGCUUAUCAGCGGUGGUGGAUGCCGUCAAUGAAAGGAAACUCCCCCCAGAAUUACGCGGCCGAGGCAACGCAAUCAGGUCAGAGACUGAUAUAGUUAAUGUGGUGGAGCAAAGAAUAUGGCAUUCCAUGGAGGAAGGACACUUUGAAAACCUUCCAGGAAAGGGGAAACCUCUGAACCUGAACACUAAUCCUCAUGCCGAUCCUGCGGAGGACACGCUCUAUCGAAUCCUCUCGAGAAAUGGAUGCGCUCCUGAGUGGGUUGAACUGAACAAGGAAAUCAGAUCUAAUAUUGCAGAGUGGAGAUCAGCGCUAAAGAAGGCCUGGACUGAAAAAUCAGAUGAAGAAGGUCAUCAAUGGCUACAAAUUACAGAGAAUCUUAAGGCGCGGAUGAAGGACAUCAAUGGCAAGGUUUUGAGGUACAAUCUUAUGGUGCCUUUUGGCCGCCAAAUGUUUGGACUGAAAUGGGAGAAAGAGAUGGGCAGGCUCAAUGUGAAAGAAGGGCUUGUUUGAUAUUCCCUUUUUUGUGAAUAUAUAUUGUGAUUUUGUUACUGAGAGGGAUGAAUAUAGGUUGUGUUUUGUUCAGUGUAGCACAACA